UGCUUCAGCGCGGCGGAGUUUCCCCGUCGCCGGUGACUGAUUCGACCCUGUGGACGGCGUCGGGGCCCGUCUCGUGUUUUUGGGUUUGUUUUGGUUCGGUUUUAUUGAGGACGUGAGCGAGCGGACGGUGAGUCAGGAAGAUGGAGAAACUUGGCGGUCGCUGACGUCGCCGCGGUGAUUUCCCCCCUUUCGCGGGUCGAGCAGUUGCCUGGGUUGUUUUGGAGGAACUUCGACAUGUAGCGCCUCACACCGCGGGAUGUGCACGUCGUGUUAAGGCGUCUCUGCGCUCCGAGAAGGCGACUUCUUGUUGUUUUUAGCUCCUGAACGAACUUUUGUAGUUAAAGAAAAACAAACAAACGAACAAAAAAAAAUGUUGGAAAAGGCACCACGUUAUUUCACCGCGGUGGGCGAACUUCAUCACGGGAAGAGUCGGUGGACCUCGGCGGCGGCGGCUGUGGUCCUCCUGGGUCUGUUCGCCUCGUCCUGCUGGGCAGAGGAAGCGUCCUGCCACGGAGCGUUCGACCUCUACUUCGUUUUAGACAAGUCUGGAAGCGUGGCUACCGACUGGGUCGAGAUUUACUCAUUUGUGAAGAACCUCACCGACAGGUUUGUGAGCCCCAGCAUGAGAGUCUCCUUCAUCGUUUUCUCAGCCAGAGCAGAAGUCCUGCUGCCCCUGACUGGAGACAGAUUCCAGAUCGAAGAGGGCCUGAAGCGCUUGCGGGAGGUGAAACCGGCAGGUGAAACGUACAUGCACGAGGGAUUAAAAGAGGCCUCAGCCCAGAUACAGAAACAGAGGCAGAGGUCCUCGAGCAUCAUCCUGGCUUUGACAGACGGGAAACUUGAAGUUUACGUUCACCACCUCACGGUGAAAGAGGCUGAGGAAGCGAGGAAAUAUGGCGCUCGUGUUUACUGCGUGGGUGUCAAGGACUUCGACGAGCAGCAGCUUGCUGAUAUUGCGGACACCAAGGACCAAGUGUUUCCGGUCAAAGAUGGCUUCCAUGCGCUCAAAGGCAUCGUCAAUUCCAUAUUAAAGCAGUCGUGCACAGAGAUUCUGAGUGUGGAGCCCUCCACUGUCUGUGUGAACGAGUCCUUCGACAUCGUCCUCAGAGGGAACGGCUUCACCAUCGGCCGCAGCAGCGAAGGCGUCAUCUGCAGCUUCAUAGUCGACCAGCAAACCUUCAAUCAUAAGCCGAGCACAGUGCUUAAUGAUUAUCUGCUGUGUCCCGCACCGAAGCUCUAUGAAGUCGGACAGACUAUGGAUGUUUUCAUCAGCCUAAACAGCGGCAAGUCCUUCAUCUCCAGCAGCUACACCAUCACCGCUUCCACAUGUUCGGACGGUUUGGCGGUGGCGAUAGUCUUCCUGGUGCUGCUGAUCCUCGUGGCCCUGGCCCUCAUGUGGUGGUUCUGGCCUCUCUGCUGCACGGUGGUCAUCAAAGACCCGCCGCCACCUCCUCCACCCUCCCGUCCUCCACCACCUGAGCCCGAGCAGCUGCCCAAGAAGAAGUGGCCGACUGUGGACGCGUCCUACUACGGAGGAAGAGGAGCUGGAGGGAUCAAACGCAUGGAGGUGCGCUGGGGUGAAAAGGGCUCAACCGAGGAGGGGGCCAGGCUGGAGAAAGCCAAGAACGCUAAAGUGUCCAUACCGGAGGACGCAGAGGAGCCAAUGAUCAAACGUCCCACCCCGAAGCCUGCUCCCAACCACCACCAGAGAGAGAACAAAUGGUACACUCCCAUCAAGGGUCGUCUCGAUGCUUUGUGGGCUUUGCUGCGGCGCCAGUAUGACAGAGUCUCCCUCAUGCGUCCCACCACUGCAGACAAGGGUCGGUGUAUUAAUUUUAACCGUGUGCAGCAUCAGUAGAAGAGGAGAAGGACUACUGGGUGAAAACCAACAUGUGCUGAUUGCUGUGGACAAGAGAAGAAUUUCAGGUUGUUUUUUUUUUUAUGGUUUGUUUUUUCUUUGAAGAUCCGUAAUCCUGCAGCUAAAACCACUAUGACUUCGUGCACAUUGUUUCCCUUCUGGUUCUCUGCUCUCAGACCUUUGAAGCACACAGUCUGAAAUGUUAAUAUUAACUCUUAAUCAUUAAGUUAUUUGCUUUUUUCUUCAUACCACAUCCCUUUUUUUUUUAACGAGGAAAGUAAAAGCAGAAGCACAGAGCGCCCCAGAACUCAGCGCUCGGACUCGGUUAGCUUUUCGUGCGCACCAAAAGCUUAACAUAUUCUGACCAUAUUGUGCCUUCUGUGAAAAAACAAAUUUCAUGGACACAGACGGAAGCCAUCUAAAAAAAAAAAAAAAAAAAAAAAACCCAUAGAGAAAAGGGGCUGUUUGCCUUUGGCGUGGAAGUCGGAAUAAUCCCAUCGGGCCUCACAAGUGCAGAAGUCCGUUGCCUUUUGGCAAUGUCUCAUCGCGGAUCCUCUCCAACUUCAGCAGUGCUGGAUGCCUGGCGGCUGCCCUUUGACUGGCUUAUCUUGUCAUUUUAACACUGAGAAGUGCACACGCAUGACAAAUUGUAGACAGGAUGCCCCAAGGUAUUGGAAGGCAUCAAGACUUUGCCCUUUAGUUUUGUAAAUUUUUUUUUUUUUUUUUGAGACACCUUCCUUUCAUUAUGCACUCGGGACGAGGAAAUUAAUAGAGCGUUAUUCGACCGCAGGACAGCCUCCUGACCAGGACCGUCUCCAGCUAGGUUUGAGGGAUUGAUGCCUUGAAGACCUUGACAUGGCGCUUGGUGUUUUUUGCCCCUGUUUUCAGCACAGUCUGCUCUCUGCUCAGCAAGGCGUAGCGCAUCACUGCCCAUAAACAGGCCUAUCGGUUAAGACUUUUAAGAUAUAGAUACAGCUGCCUCCAACACUCCGCUGCCCACUGUCUCAAUCCUCUGAGGGCUCCCCAGCUGCGUCACAACUCACUAGUUCUCUCGGCGCCAGAAUAUCAAAGUUUAAUUAAAAUAAUUAAAGGCAACAGCAAGCAGCAGCCUGUGAAGACUUGGCUGUCUCUUUUUUAUGCCUUUUGACAUUGAAUGACCUAUUACCGCGUUAUUCUCAGGAAAAAAAGAGGACACCGCGCCGCGCUGACGCUGCACCGCGUCCAAAACGCAAACCCAAAGCAACGGAUGCGAUGGACGGAUAAGUAUUGUUCAUUUCCAGAAAUUAUGUCGUCCCCCGCUUAACCCCCGACUCCCUCACCCCAAAAAGCAGGGAAUAUAUAUUUAUAUAUAUUGCGGAUUUCUCAAGCGCGCCGUCAUGACGCCAAUCCCAAAUGAUGUUAGUGUGAGCGGGAACACUGUGGGGGAGGAAAGGGGGCAGCAGCUGAAGAAAAAGGCUCGAAUGAUCCAGUCACUUCGGAUACCGUACUUCAGAUGCAAAAUGGAUAUUCGAGUCGAAACCUGACAAAGCGCGCCGGCUUUGACGGGAAGCGGUAUAGACAAUGACCAGUGGCUGGGUCAGUGGGAUGUCUCUGUGCAAGCAGGGAAGCUUAUCAAAUGACACUAAAAAUAAGUUCAACAACCAUCAAGUUUGAGGGGGAAUGGGUGAGCGUCUCACAUUCGGUGGGCAUGAGCGCGGGCGAGGCGGGCGGCACGCAACACGCCGGUCUAAUUAUUCCUUUGUUUCCUCUUCCUCCCGAUCGGAGGGACAGAAAUAAUUCCAGAUCGAAUCCCCGGGGGGUUGCGCCGGUAUUUAUGUCCGUCUUAAACACUUUUAGCCUCUUGCAUAAUUUUGCAGGCUGAUGUUUAAUAGGCUCAUCAGCCUCUUUCUGGACGCACGGCGGUCGGAGGAAUUUUUGGCGUUUAGAUCUUGUCGUCUGUGGGUCACAACCAGGAGCACAUGAAUGUUAUUAACCCGAACUAAUGAGAUAUUUACGCAGCAGUCACAACACGAGUCGCCCCGCUGAUAAAACGUCACAUGCCCCCUCUGUGUCCUCCCCACACAUCCUCACAGACCCUGGUAUUCGUUCUCCAACACGAAUCAUUGUCGUAGAUAAAAUAAAA